UCUACACAGAGACCAGAUGUUCUUUGCAUCGACAGAGGACGAUGUGUACUGGUGCAACAUAACCAAUUGCACGUCAUCACAACGUCUCUUCCUGGACAAGGACGGAUGUGAUGAGAAGCGAAUAGGUCUACAUCGCACACAAAGGGUCUUGUAUGUCUACUGUCAAUAUGCCGAUGCGUCACAUGCAAUCCUAAGGAUGUCUUUUCAUGGAAACGAUAGGAAAACGUUCUUCACCUUAAACAAUCCACUUGAUUGUGCGUUCGUGAACCAAGAAGGUUCAUAUUCCUACGUGUACGUGUGUGACCAAUCCUCGGUGACCAAGUACUCACUGGAUGGAGCGGCCGUGAAAGGCUUCAAAAUACCAGUCGAUAAAACGGGUGAUCUUCGUGAAAGAGUGUGCCAUGAAAUGGUUGCGGGGGACACACACAUCUAUACAAUAUUGGUGCCAAUAAUUUAAUUGUGUUCUCUGCCACAAGUGGACGUUUCCUAAGGGGCAUUGAGAUUUCAUUCGAAACGAACUAUGGUCACCAAACCUUGGAAAUACAGGUGGACAAUUAGAUGGGAAGAACCGCUACCGUGGACGACUCCUGUGCUCGUUUUCUUUCUUGUGUAC